AUGGACCGGAAUCUCGCGUUCUACAAAGGGGUCCCGAAACGCUUACGCAAGAAGCUGAAGGCUAGCAUUGAGACCGCUGCAGGACACAAGUUGACAAGUCACCGACCACCGACGGUAGGACAAGUCGUUCAGGUUGCACGCGACUAUUUUAAAGAGGAUAACAUCGACUACGAUUCAGAUUCGAGCUCAAGCUCUAGUUCGGACUCAGAGACAGGAUCAGGUGAUAGCAGUGACAGUGAUAGCGAUACUGACUCUUCCAGUGAUGCAGAGAGCGACGGCGAGAAGCCACGGAAGAAGAAGAAGAAAUCGAAGAAGAAGAAGAUGAAGGGUAAGGCAGAGUCGAUGGACGCUGAUAACAAGAAAAUCUCGCAGUUACAAGACAAAAUAGACAAGCUCACCAUGCAUCUCGUGAACGCAACACAGGCACAGCCUCAAGUUUCCGCUAGUCAUCCAGAACUGACACGGACUACCGGCGACUUACCGCGACGAUGUUGGCUAUGCGACGGAGUCGAAGGAUGCGAUCUCAUGCACAAGUUAGGACUACACAACUGUGGUGAGGCCCUGAAGCUGGUUGAAGAAGGGCUCGCAUGCUGGUCUCCGUGUGGUCGUCUGCAAUGUGCGGACAGUUCACCCCUUCCAUGA